UCUUAGCCACUGGACCCCCAGGGAAGUCCUCAGCAACUAAUUUUUUAAAAGUUCCAUUAAAUUUCCUUCAUUUUGGUCCAGAAAAGUGGGCCUGAAACUUCUAUCAGAAAACUCUGGGUUCUUCCCUUGCAGAGCUCAGAGUGGCAAGGUGGGUCGGUCUUCCCUCUGAGUUAAGCUUCAGUUCUUUUUCUCCCGUAGAGUCUGUCACCUGCAAGAUGGGGGACUUCAGCUGUGGGGGCCGUGUCAUCCGCUGCGUUCCAGAGUCCUGGAGAUGCGAUGGCCAGGUGGACUGCGAGAACGGCUCGGACGAGGAAGGCUGUCCCCCCAAGACGUGCUCCCAGGAUGAGUUCCGCUGCAGUGACGGCAAGUGCAUUGCCCCAAAGUUUGUCUGUGACUUAGACCUGGACUGCUUAGACGGCUCGGAUGAGGCGUCCUGCCCGACGCCCACCUGCAGCCCCGCCAACUUCCAGUGCAACAGCUCCAUGUGCAUCCCCCAGCUCUGGGCCUGCGACGGCGACCCCGACUGCGACGAUGGCUCAGACGAGUGGCCAAGGCACUGUGGGAGCCCCCACCCAUCAGGCCCCCUGCAGGACAACAACCCCUGCUCGGCCCUCGAGUUCCACUGCGGCAGUGGCGAGUGCAUCCACUCCAGCUGGCAUUGCGACCAUGAUCCUGACUGCAAGGACCAGUCUGACGAGGAAAACUGCGCUGUGGCCACGUGCCGGCCUGAUGAAUUCCAGUGCUCAGAUGGGACCUGCAUCCAUGGCAGCCGGCAGUGCGACAGGGAGCCUGACUGUAAGGACCUGAGUGACGAGCUGGGCUGCGUCAACGUGACUCUUUGUGAGGGGCCCAACAAGUUCAAGUGCCAAAGCGGUGAGUGCAUCUCCCUGGACAAAGUGUGCAACUCCGUCAGGGACUGCCGGGACUGGUCGGACGAGCCCCUCAAGGACUGUGGGACCAACGAGUGUCUGGACAACAAGGGAGGCUGCUCUCACAUCUGCAACGACCUCAAGAUUGGCUACGAGUGCCUGUGUCCUGAAGGCUUCCAGCUAGUGGACAAGCACAGAUGUGAAGAUAUCGAUGAAUGUCAAAACCCUGACACCUGCAGCCAGCUCUGUGUGAACCUCGAGGGCAGCUACAAAUGCGAGUGCGAAGAGGGUUUCCAGCUGGAGCCCCUCACCAAGGCCUGCAAGGCUGUGGGCACCAUCGCCUACCUCUUCUUCACCAACCGCCACGAAGUGAGGAAGAUGACUCUGGACCGAAGUGAGUACACCAGCCUUAUCCCCAACCUUAAGAAUGUGGUCGCCCUGGACACGGAGGUGGCCAGUAACAGGAUCUACUGGUCUGACCUGUCCCAGAGGAAGAUCUAUAGUGCCCAGAUUGACGGAGCCCCCAGCUUCUCCUCCUACGACACCAUCAUUGGCGAGGAUCUCCAGGCCCCUGACGGGCUGGCGGUGGACUGGAUCCACAGCAACAUCUAUUGGACCGACUCCAUCCUGGGCACCGUCUCCGUGGCCGACACCAAAGGCGUGAAGAGGAAGACACUUUUCCAGGAGGAAGGCUCCAAGCCACGGGCCAUUGUGGUGGAUCCUGUCCACGGCUUCAUGUAUUGGACCGACUGGGGCACCCCUGCUGAGAUCAAGAAGGGGGGCCUCAACGGCGUGGACGUUUAUUCGCUGGUGACCGAGGACAUCCAGUGGCCCAAUGGCAUCACUCUGGAUCUUUCUGGCGGCCGCCUCUACUGGGUCGACUCCAAACUGCACUCCAUCUCCAGCAUCGACGUCAAUGGGGGCAACCGGAGGACCGUGCUGGAGGAUAAGAAGAAGCUGGCGCACCCUUUCUCCUUGGCCAUCUUUGAGGAUAAAGUAUUUUGGACCGAUAUUAUCAACGAAGCCAUUUUUAGUGCCAACCGCCUCACAGGCUCAGACAUCAACCUGAUGGCAGAAAACCUGUUAUCUCCGGAGGACAUUGUCCUUUUCCACAACCUCACACAGCCGAGAGGGGUGAACUGGUGUGAGAGGACGGCCCUCCGCAAUGGUGGCUGCCAGUACCUGUGUCUGCCGGCCCCACAGAUCAACCCCCGCUCACCCAAGUUCACCUGCGCCUGCCCCGACGGCAUGCUGCUGGCCAAGGACAUGAGAAGCUGCCUCACAGAGUCUGAAUCUGCAGUGACCAUCCAUGGACCCUCCAUGGGCAGCUCAACAGCUGUGGGGCCAAAGCGCACAGCCAGGCCUGAGCUCACCACAGCCGAGUCAGUGACAAUCUCCCAGCAAGCCCUGGGUGACGUUGCCAACCGAGCGGACACAGAGAAGCCCGGGAGCGUGGGUGCCCUAUACAUCGUCCUCCCCAUCGCACUGCUCAUCCUCCUGGCCUUCGGGACCUUCCUCCUCUGGAAGAACUGGCGGCUCAAGAGCAUCAACAGCAUCAACUUUGACAACCCUGUGUACCAGAAGACCACGGAGGACGAGGUCCACAUCUGCCGCAGCCAGGACGGCUACACCUACCCCUCGAGACAGAUGGUCAGCCUGGAGGAUGACGUGGCAUAAGCUGCUGCCUCGAGUCCUGUCCCUCCCCGGAACCCGCCGCCAGUCACUCAAAGGCAGGAAGAACACUUUCUCCCCCGACCCUUGACCUGCCCCCAACCCUCCCUGAGACCUCCGCACCCAAAGCACUGCUGGUGACUGCAGCCCAGGCGCCGUUUGCCUAUCUGCCACAGCUUUGUUUUAUAUAUUUAUUUUUCUGAGAGGCAGAACAGGCUUCAGACGGCGCCCACAGGAGGCAGUCGGGUUGCUUUUUUUUCUUCCUUUCUUUACACGUGAAGGAGAAAGACAGACUACCUGGGGGAUCUGUCCUCUCCGGGAAUCUCUGAGCUGCUCUCCUUCUAGACACGCUCCUCCCCGGAGGGAAUGACGUAGGGACAUGGAGCCGGAAAGCUAGUGGCUUUGAACGCACGAGAGCAGGUGCUACCCACAGGGUCCCAGGUGGCUGCUGCCGCCAUCCACCCUCUAGCCCAGGCCCCACACUCAGGACUGAACGUGUUUACCUCUGCCAGGCGAGCCUGCGGGAUGGCCAGAGUUGGUCUGCCACCCCCUGGUCAGGAUCAAACUAGGGUUUUCCAAGCCGGGUUUGUCCUCCACUUAAGCCAGGAGGGGACCCUGGGUCCAACUUUCCAGGAGUGGCACCCACUGAACCCUAUUCAUUCACCAAAACCCCGAUCAUCCCCAGAAAAAACAAAUGUGAGCCACCAGUCGCCCUUAACAUACGUGUAUUAAGUGCCUGAGACCCCCUUUAUGCGUGAAGAUGAGCAGCUCUCACCUCUAACUGUAUCCCUCUGUCCGGGAGUGGGUGUCUGGACCCCAGCCCUACCCCUUGCACUUUUUCAGUUCAGGGUCGUACACUGUGUAAAGUCGAUGUUCUAUUAUUAUUUUGCACUACUUUCCAUUCUGGUUCCCUUCUGGCUGCAGAGUCCGGGUUGAUGAUUGGUACUGACCCGGCCCUUCUCCCAGACCCGGCCCCUCUUCUAGCAUGUAGGGAGACGUGUGUGUGGUGGUUCGAUCAUGACUUCAAAGCCAAGAUUACGACUAGACAAUCUGCCUACUGUUUCCACUUCUAGGCAGAGGCCGCUGAGCCAUUCAUAUCCCCUACAAGCUGGUCAUGGUUGGCCGGUGUCUGUCUGAAACAUGCAUGGCAGGUCUGCCCUGUAAGAUGUGCUCUGGGCUUGGGAAUUUCAUGGAAUUCAUUAAAUAAGGAUGCUUUCUGAAAUUGCCACACAUAUGAUAUUUAUGACCACUGGGGGGUGGGGGUCGGAUGGGGGCAACCUCCCGUGGAAACAUCUGUACAACCACAGAACACGGCACCCCUGCCAGAGACUGUGAACACCUUUUCUCUUUCUGAAGCAUGUAAAUAACACCCCCACCACCGCCGAGCAGACAGUGGGGGCUUUUUGUUAUGUUUGCACUUUGUAUAUUUGUUGAAACAUUUCUCACUUACGUGUAUAUAUAAAAGAAAGAUCUAUUUAUUUUUGCAAGUCCUGGUUGCUGCAAAGAUGCCUUGUCUUUCUGUACAAAGCUUAUUCGAGCGUGCUGUGCGCAGCCCUCUUCAAGAGAAUCAGGUUCUGUGUUGUAUAUAUGGGUUGCUUUUUGAGGAUGGGUGUCGCUUUUUAAACCACUGUAUAGAAUGUUUUUAUAGCCUGAAUGCCUUACUGUGAUCGAUUACAUUUCUUAAAUAAAGUAUUUGACUAAACCAGAA